UUCAGAACCUGCUUGGAACAUAACAACUGCUCACAACAUUGGUGGACCACAUUAGCGCAGUAUACCAGCAAGACAAGGAAAUCAACACUGUCUGCGGGGGUGAAAAAGAACAAGAAAACGGUCAUUUCGGAUCCUCUGCAGUCUCCUCCCUUAGAUAUGGCACUGGGGUUCCUGAGCUGCUCUUCAUCCAUUCCGGACCUGUGGAUUCUGCUCAUGGUCAUCGCAGUCCUUUCUCAGCCAGGAUAUAUGAGACAUGACGUUCUCCUCCCAGAUGACGGUAAAGAUAAUAUCACAAUCUUUACCCGAAUCCUCGACAGACUGCUGGACGGCUAUGACAACAGGCUGAGGCCUGGCCUGGGAGAAAGUGUAACUGAAGUGGAAACAGAUAUCUACGUUACGAGUUUUGGACCAGUUUCAGACACUGACAUGGAAUAUACAAUCGACGUGUUCUUCCGGCAGAGAUGGAGAGAUGAACGUUUGAAGUUUGACGGCCCAAUGAAGAUCCUCCCCCUCAAUAACCUGCUGGCGAGUAAGAUCUGGACCCCAGACACAUUCUUCCAUAACGGGAAGAAAUCUGUAGCCCACAAUAUGACCACACCCAAUAAACUGCUCCGCCUGGUGGAUAACGGAACACUGCUCUACACCAUGAGGUUAACAAUCCAUGCAGAGUGUCCCAUGCACCUCGAGGACUUCCCAAUGGAUACACAUGCUUGUCCAUUAAAGUUUGGAAGUUAUGCAUACACAAACUCAGAAGUGGUUUACAUUUGGACCCUUGGCCACGAUAAAUCUGUGGUGGUGGCAGAGGAUGGUUCUCGCUUAAACCAGUAUGACUUGCUGGGCCACGCUGUCAGCACUGAAGUGAUCAGAUCCAGCACAGGAGAAUACAUAGUGAUGACUACGUAUUUCCAUUUGAAAAGGAAAAUUGGCUAUUUUGUGAUUCAGACAUACCUCCCAUGCAUCAUGACUGUAAUUCUGUCCCAGGUAUCCUUCUGGCUCAACAGAGAGUCAGUACCUGCGCGCACGGUGUUCGGCGUCACUACCGUCCUCACAAUGACCACCCUGAGCAUCAGUGCUAGAAACUCUUUACCCAAAGUGGCAUAUGCGACGGCCAUGGACUGGUUCAUAGCCGUCUGUUAUGCCUUUGUGUUUUCUGCACUGAUUGAAUUUGCAACGGUGAACUAUUUCACCAAGCGGAGCUGGGCUUGGGACGGUAAAAAAGCUAUGGAGGCCCAGGAGCAGAGGAAGAAGGAUUCGGCACCGCUUUCAAAGAAAGCCAAUAACACAUACAAUAUUGUUGGGACGACCUACGCCAUCAACAUAGCUAAAGAUCCAGGCUUACCUACGGUUUCAAAGAGCACAGCCACAGCAGCUGCAACAGUGGCUCCCAUCCAAAUCCCCCAAAUGGAAGAAAGUCCCCCGGAAAGCAACAAAACCUACAACAGUGUCAGCAAAGUGGACAAGAUGUCCCGCAUUAUAUUCCCUGUGCUUUUUGCCAUUUUCAAUUUGGUUUACUGGGCUAACUAUGUCAACAGAGAGCCCAUCAUUAAGGGGUCAAGCCCUAGUAAAUGAAUUUGCCUACAAACGGUCAAGUUUUGUUGUCAAAUUAUA